GCUAGGACUGCAAAAGGAAGCAAUCACCAAAAUGAAGACUGCUUUAAUUUUGCUCAGUAUUUUGGGAGUGGCCUGUGCUUUCUCAAUGAAAAAUUUGUAUAGAAGAGCCAAACUACAAGAUUCUGAAGAAAAUGGGGUUUUUAAAUACUGGCCACGAUAUUCUCUUUACAAGCAUGCCUAUUUUUAUCCUCCGCUAAAACGAUUUCCAGUGCAGAGCAGUAGUGACUCAUCUGAAGAAAAUGGAGAUGGUGACAGCUCUGAUGAGGAAGAAGAAGAGGAAAAUUCAAAUGAAGAAGAAAAUAAUGAAGAAAAUGAAAACUCUGAUGGAAAUGAAGACGAAGACUCUGAGGCCGAGAACACCACCCUUUCUGCUACAACGCCUGACUAUGGCGAGGACAGCACACCUGCAUUAGUGACGCUAGGUCUUGCUGCAAUACAGCUUCCCAAAAAGGCUGAGCCUACUGGAAACAAGUCUACAAAAAAGGAAGAAAGUGAUGAAGAAGAUGAAGAGGAAGAGGAAGAAAAUGAAAAUGAAGAAAAUGAAGCAGAAGUGGAUGAAAACCAGCAAGGCAUAAAUGGUACCAGCACCAACAGCACAGAUGUAGACAAUGGAAAUGGCAGCAGUGGUAGAGACAAUGGUGAAGAAGAUGGUGAAAAAGAAAGUGCCACAGAAGCGAAUACAGAAGUAACCACGGUACCUGGAAAACAGGACAAAAGCAUCUCUACAACAACAACUGCUCCAAAUGGUGGGUUUGAAACUACAACCCCACCCCAGGAGGUCUACGGGACUACCACCCCCACAUUAGGGGAAACCACCACCCCCGAGUAUGAGGAGUAUGAACAAACAGGCACCAGUGAAUAUGGAUAUGAAGUCUAUGAAAAUGAGAAUGGAGAACCUCGUGGGGAUAAUUACAGAGCCUAUGAGGAUGAGUAUAGCUACUAUAAAGGGCAAGGAUAUGGUGGCUAUGAUGGUCAGGAUUAUUACUAACACCAGU